UUGUAGUUAGGUUAAGCCUUUUUAAUUGUGCAUAAUUCAGUUAGAAAUUGAUCAAAGCAUAAGGAACAAUGGAUACGAAAACAGGUAGUAAAUUCAUAAAUGUGUGUUUAUAUAUAUAUAUCUAAUAAAUCUUCGCCAGAUGCUAGCAUACAGUGCGAACUGCUAUAUGAUGAACGAAAGGGCCGUUACUAUCCAUUCGACAUAGCUGAUCUAAAGCUGAGACGUUGUCUGGUGCGCCGCGUCUACUUCCUGCUAAUGCUAGAAAUUGCGUGCGGCAUACCCUGCAUGGAGAUCAUCUUAAUGCUACCCAUAAGCUACAAUGAGCUUUAUGUGCGCCUCUCUAGUUUCAUAAUUUCUUUAGUAUUUUAUUCUUUGCUCUAUAAAUUUCGGGAUUGGCGUCGAGCUGCUCCAUAUAAAUAUCUCGUAUAUCUGGUUACAGCUAUAUUAAACUUUUCAAGCAAAACUAUUUAUCUAUUAAGUAUUGCGAAAACACGUUGGGUCCAUUUACAUCCUGUAAUCCUCAUGAUCCAGCUCUUGGUGCUCGCUUUAUUUACCAAACAGCAAAAAGUUCCCUUCACCCAAGGCGUAGGCGUCAUCAUAAUCUUUUUGAUUUUUGGACUCUGCUUAUUACUGGCCUACUUUCUGAACAUCUUAUUUAUUGUUUUAAACGCUUACUCUUGCACUGUCGUCGCCUGGUAUAUCAUCUAUGACACGUCCUUGAUGCUCUCUGAACGACAUGCCUACAAUAUUGAGCCGGAGGAAUAUUUCUUUGCUGCUACGAAUUUACGUGCCGAUUUGCCAGUUUUCUUGUGGAUGAUCGUACGACAUUUUGUUCUGGGUCCCUUUAUAUUACUGCUUAAGAUUAUCAGAAACUGUCGAUUCAAAGAAGUAUGCUAA